CGAGGGGGACAUGAAGCUCGGCAGCGGCUUCCUGGGAGGCGGCGGCUCUUCCUCCUCCUCCUCCUCCAAGAGGGCGGCAAUGGAGCCCACCUUCCCCCCCAGCAUGGUCAUGUUCAACCACCGCCUGCCGCCCGUCACCAGCUUCACCCGGCCCGCCGCGCCCCCGCAGCAUUGCGGGCUGGCUUUGGCCUCCGCCUCGUCCCCCCCGCCCCACCCGCCGCCGCCUCCUCCUCCUCACCCUCAGGGCAUGACUUUCAAGAAAGAGCCGGCGGGGGGCUUCCCUCUCACGGCCUCCUCGUCGUCGUCCCAGCGGGGCUCCUGGGGCUUCUUCCACUCGCUCAUGAAUAUCAAGCAGGAGAAGCCCAGCGACCAGGAGGAAGAGGAGCAGCAGCAGCAGCAACAGCAGCACCACCAUCACCACCACCACCACUAUGGGGGCCUCUUUGGGAUAGCCGGGGAGGAGAGGCACCCCAACCUUUUAGGCGGCGGAAGCGGAGUGGAAGGGGCCAGCCAGAGCGUGAUCCAAGACCUCAGCCUCUUCCACCACCUGCACCCAUCACCCCCACAGAGGAGACUUGCUGCUGGGCAUCCUCGCGGUGGCGGCGAGGUGGGGUGUUGGCGGCUCGGGGAGCCCAAGGCUGACGCCCAGGCCAGGAAGAUGAAGAGGCCAAAGUCGGAAUCUCAGGGAAUCAAAGCCAAGAGGAAGCCGAGCGUUUUCGUCAAGCCUUGCGCAGGAGAUUGGAGAAAGCUGGCCAUGCUGUCCCCUAGCCAGAAACCUCAUGUCUGUGAGCACUGCAGCGCCGCUUUCAGGAGCUCCUACCACCUGCAGCAUGUGCUUAUCCAUACCGGCGAGAGGCCUUUCCAGUAGCAGUGCAACAUGGGUUUCAUUCAGAUUUUGCUGCAGAGGCACGAAAAGAUCCACAGCAGGGAGAAGCCGUUUGGGUGCGACCAGUGCAGUAUGAAGUUCAUCCAGAAGUAUCACAUGGAGAGGCACAAGAGGACGCACAGCGGAGAAAAGCCAUACAAAUGUGAAACCUGCCAGCAGUAUUUUUCAAGGACUGAUAGACUGUUGAAGCACAGACGUACAUGUGGAGAAGCCAUAGGGAAAGCAGGUGCUGUGGAUCCUGGGCCAUCAAACCAUAGCAUGGGCAACUUGUCUAUGUUGUCUCAGGGAAAUACAGGUUCGUCAAGGAGAAAAAGCAAAGCAAAAUGUGUAUCCACUGAAAACAAAGAGCAUAAGCCUACUCAUAAAGUAUCUGACUCUCAGAUUGCAUCUAAUAUGACCUUGCAGAAUUAUGCGGUGGAGAUUCCUAUAGUGUCUUCCAGUGGUGGCUUAAUUGGCACUGGGAUAGAAGAACUGCAGAAAAAGGUGCCAAAAUUAGUCUUUAAAAAAGGAAACAGGAAAGGUACAGACAAGAGUUUUCUUAACUUUGUGUCACCAUUACCAGACCUUCUUGCAAAACAAUUGUCUGGAAAACCAAGUGGCUCUCUUGGCAUAGUCACAAAUACCAGUGUGGAUGCUAUUGGCCUCCUUCAAGCUGCAAAUAGUAAACCAGGUCAAAUAAGUAGCAAUUAUGACGAUGCCAUGCAAUUUUCAAAGAAAAGAAGAUACUUGCAAACUGCCAGCAGUAACAGUGCCUUUUCUAUAAAUGUUGGGCAUAUGGCCUCCCAACCGUCUGUAAUACAGUCUGCAGGUGUGAGCGUUAUGGACAGUGAAACCCCAUUAUCUCUUAUUGACUCAUCAUCUCUAAAUGCUGACAUCAAAUCUUGCCACGAUAAGUCUGGCAUUCCUGAUGAAGUCUUGCAAAGUCUUUUAGAGCAGUACUCUCACAAAUCAGAAGGCCAGAAGGAAGAUCCCUUCAGCAUUACUGAACAGCGUGUGGACUUACAUGCCUCAGGAGAGCAUACAGAGAGUCAAGAGGAGAACUUGAGCCCCAGCUCCCAAACAGCUUCAAAUGACAAAGCAAACAUGUUGCAAGAAUACUCAAAAUACCUCCAGCAUGCUUUUGAAAGAACAACUAAUAGCUCUGGUUUUGCUUUUGGACCCAGUUUCCAAUUUGUAAGUUUGUCUUCAAGCCUUAAUAACCAUACUUUGUUUCAAGACAAACAAAUAUACACUACAUCUCCACUUGAGUGUGGUUUCAGCCAAUCUGUUACCUCAGUGUUGCCAUCUGCAUUGUCAAAGCCUCCUUUUGGGAUGUUGCUUGGAUCUCAGCCAGGUUUUUAUUUAUCUGCUUUGGAAGCAACACAUCAACAGUUGACUCCUUCACAAGAACUAGAUGAUCUGAUAGACUCCCAGAAGAACAUAGACACUUCAUCAGGCUAUCAGUCCACACCUCAAAAAUUGAAUAGCCAGAAGGAACAAAAAAAUCUAGAAUCUUCAUCAAGCUUUCCACUUCCUUCUCAGGAACUAGCUAACCAGAUAGAUCCCCAGAAGGACCUAGAGCAUCGAGCAACAUACCAGAUAGAGACCUUUGCACAAGCAUUUGGUUCUCAGUUUAAGACGGGCAGCAGGGUGCCAAUGACUUUCAUUGCUAACUCUAAUGGGGAAGUGGACCAUAGAGUAAGGACUUCAGUGUCAGAUUUCUCAGGGUAUACAAAUAUAAUGUCUGAUGUAAGUGAGCCAUGUAGUACAAGAGUAAAGACCCCAACUAGCCAAGUUAUAGGUAAAGUUCCAAGUAUGACUAGGCUUGGGGGUGGUCUUAAUGUAUUAGUUUUAUUUUGAUAACACUGCCAUUGGAAUGUUUCUACACGAUCCUAAUACAAAUAAUGUAACACGCCCUUUCAAUGCAACUUUUCAUAUUUAGUUUUUGUUAAAGUAAUUUUAGAUCAGUUUGUAUUAUGGUUUUUAAAUCAGAUUAAUAGACUUGAUACUUCACUUUUUUGUUGUUGUUCAUGUGACAGUGUUUAGCAAUCAAACUUACCUAUU